GAGAAAUGGCAGUGCUGGUCCGAGAAGCAGCCGGGGGCGAAGGCAACGGGGGCACACGGCGAGGAGGAGGCGUCUCCCGAGCGCUGCUGCUGCUGCUAUGCCUGCUAUCCUGCCCGUCGAGGCAGGCGGACGUUUCGGGUUCUACACACUGCCCUUCUGAUAACUUCUCCAUAGCAGAAGGUUCAGCUGGGAUGAUCUUUGCUAAUGUUUCCAGUUAUUCCUGCAUUCAUUAUUUAUGUCAUGAGAACAAUUGCUCUAAUACUGAUGAUGCCAUAUUAGCCAUAACUGAAGGAGAACUGAGAGUCUACAAAAGCUCAUUCAAGGAAGGCUUCUAUCUACAGGGAAAUGACCUCUUUAUCAAGAAUGCCAGCAAACAGCUUGCUGGAAAAUACAAACUUAAAGAUCGUGACAGUAAAAUCUGUUUCCAAGUCUUCCUUAGCAUACUUGACCCUAGGCACAGCCCUUCAGCUAAUCUUUCCAUACCAGAAGUUUCUUCUGGGACGAUCAUUCCUAAUACAUUGAACCAUUCCAAUAGUCCUGCUUUAUACAAGAAGAACCACUCCUCCUCUGUUGGGCAAGGUGUUGACACGUAUGGAAAGCAUGUCCAUAUAUCUGACAGCAGCCCUUCUAUCAAGAAUGCUAAUUUAUAUCUCAUCAUGUUUAGUGCAUGUGUUUUGUACCUUUUGUACUUUCAAUAAAGGAAA